AUGAAGAGAAAGGCAGCAGAGACCGACGCUGGCGCCAAAGGUAAUGGGAAGAAGAGAGCAGUAGAAGUCAGCAACGUCCAGGAUCGAUUCCGUGAAGGACUUUUCAAGCCGGAAACAGUCGAUGCCUAUACCAACGAAUACGCAAAGUCGAGUCCAUACAAGCACGCCGUGGUGUCAGACCUCAUCAACGAUGAACUCUUACGAUCAGUCCGCAGUGAGAUCGUGAACAGCAUUCACUUCACGCCCAAGGAGACCGACAUCUACAAGAUUCACCAAUCUGGAGAUCUGGCCAACCUCGAUGGCCUACCAGCGGAGGCACUACAGAAGCUGCCUUCACUUCUGAAGCUAAGAGAUGCCAUGUACGGCAAAGAGUUCCGAGAAUGGAUAUCUCAUGUCUCUGGUGCCGGUGCGGUUUCCGGCAAGAAGACUGACAUGGCCGUCAAUCUCUAUGUCCCGGGCUGCCAUUUACUCUGCCACGACGAUGUCAUCGGGAGUCGACGCGUGAGCUACAUUCUCUAUCUCACAGAUCCGGACAUCCCUUGGCAAGCAGAGUGGGGUGGUGCACUGCGUCUGUAUCCUACAGAUGAAGUGAAGGAUGAUAGCGGGAAGACCUUCAAACUGCCACAGUCUUCGUGGAACAAGGUGAUACCUCCAGCAUGGAAUCAACUCUCAUUCUUUGCAGUGCAGCCGGGCGAGAGCUUCCACGAUGUUGAGGAAGUGUACAAGCGAGCAAGUGGCGAGAGCGAGCAGGAUGGUGGAAGAUUUCGCAUGGCGAUCAGUGGCUGGUUCCAUAUUCCCCAGGAGGGCGAGGAUGGAUAUGAGCCAGGUCUGGAAGAGAGGCUGGCGGAGAAAAGCUCUCUUCAGCAACUUCAGGGCAAGGCCGACGAAGUCGAUGAACCACAACAGCAGUGGAUCGCACCCACUGAACCUAAGGCAAGCUCAGAAGACGAGGAGGUCGAACUCACGCCAGAGGAUCUACAGUUCCUGAUCAAGUACAUCACGCCAAAUUAUCUCACUCCGGACACAGUUGAAGAGUUGACAGAGCUCUUCACCGAGGAGUCCAUCUUGCAAUUGACCAACUUCCUCAGCGACAAAUUUUCCAAGAAGCUGAAGGAGUGGUUCGAUCAAAAUCAGGGAGACGACCUUUCAUUCGCAACAUCAAGACCUCCCCACAAGCAUCGAUAUCAGUACCUUCAGGCGCAACCCGGCUCAGUCGAAGGUAGCGGGCCCAAUGCUUCUCCGUUGAGGCAAGUUCUAGAUGAGCUUCUUCCUAGUAUGCCAUUCCGGAAGUGGUUGUCUGUGCUCACUGGUCUGACGUUGAAGCGCUCUUCUAUCAUGGCUCGACGAUUCCGGAGGAGUCUGGACUACCAACUUGCGCAGGGAUACGAAGGUGAAGAUCCGCAGCUGGAAUACACUCUUUGUAUCACACCUACGGUUGGGUGGGGUGGUGAAGAGGAGAGCGCUGCAGAAGAGGGCGAGACGAUCGGCAAGACCAAAAAGGCCGACAACGACGAAGAGGACAACGCAGGUGGCUAUGAACUCUACAUGGCUGGCGACGACCCGGACGAUGACGAAGAUGGCUCAGAUGAUGGCGUGAACAUUCCAGCGAACGUGCAGUCACACACAGGAGCCGGACAGCGUCGACCUGCGAAGAGAAAGAAGGCCGACCCAGCAAUCUACCAGGCGGCGGGAGAAGACGAGGAUGAUGGCAUUCUGUUCAGCAACGCGGCGAGCUGGAAUACCAUGAGCUUCGUGCUGAGAGAUAGAGGCACGUUGAAGUUCGUCAAGUAUGUUUCGAAGGCGGCUCCGGGUGAUCGGUAUGACAUUACUGGUUGUGUGGAGGUCGAACCGGAGGACGACGAUGAUGAAGAUGACGAGUAGGAUGUAUUGGGACGUGUAGAGAUAGUGUAGCAAUAGAAGACGAUGUGUCUCUC